GAGAAUAAGGUGGCAUUAUCCAUCACGAUGUGCCAUUUGGUGUUUAAGUUUGUGGUCUCGGGUCUGGUACGGCAGCUUUUGGAAUGUAAGACUGGCACACCAAGAGUGGUCUUAGACUGGGGAACGUAUGUCAGACGAGUUGCUCCGGCAGGGCUAGUCAGCUCCUUGGAUAUUGGAUUAUCAAACUGGAGCUUCGAGAUGAUCACAAUAUCAUUGUACACAAUGUCCAAGUCAACUGCUGUGAUAUUUAUUUUGAUGUUCUCUCUCUUCUUCAAGCUGGAGAAGUUUCGCUGGAGUUUGGUUGCCGUUGUGUUGUUCAUCUUUACGGGUCUCUUUUUGUUCACAUUCCGCUCAACACAAUUCGAACUACUUGGGUUCAGCCUGGUCAUGACUGCCUCUGCAUUAUCAGGGCUCAGGUGGACUUUGGCCCAGAUUUUGUUGCAGAGGGGUGAGUUAGGGCUGCAUAACCCAGUAGACAUGAUGUUCCAUAUACAGCCGUGGAUGAUGUUGUCAUUAUUUCCUUUAUCCGCUCUUUUUGAAGGUGACGUUGUGUCAACUACAGAAAAGUAUUUUCGGUUCUCUGAGUGGUCUGUGUUACUGAGCAGCAUUGGUACCAUUUUGCUGGGAGGGUUUCUAGGCUUCAUGCUGGAGUUCAGCGAGUAUCUACUUCUGUUUCACACCUCCAGCUUAACCAUGUCUAUUUCUGGUGUCUUUAAGGAAUCGUGCAUCCUGGCACUUGCCUACCUGGUCAACCAUGACCCCAUGAAUGCUGUCAACGCCAUCGGCUUGCUUGUGUGUCUGAUGGGUAUAGUCAUCCAUGUGGUAGCCAAGGCUGUGGACA